AUGGAAGCAAAAAUUUCUCAACUCCAAAAAACGCUCAGGCAGAAAGAUGAGGUGAUAAAAAGAGUUCAAGAAGAGCUUAUAAAUAAGUACUAUGUAUCACGCGAAACUUGGGAACCAAUGGAUAAUAUUCCAGGCAAGUUCCAGGAUCUUAGAUAUGCCAUCCGUCAAUGGUGUUCGGCACAGGCUAAAAAAGAAUAUAAAUUUGAUCUGAAGGGGAACGAACGGGAAUUAUUCCUUCAAGAAUUAGCAGAAAUUUUGCUUCUCGAAGGAGCAGAUCAGCGAGAAUUUCCAAAAGCACUACUUAAUGAUGGCAACCUUAGAACGAGAGUAAUUCUCGAAGGCCUCUUUGCACACCAUCUAUUUUCAGCAUUUUUCCCCGACCCUUUCUUCUUCCUAGGACAGCAAAUCUCUAAGGGUCUCAACGAAAUUUUGUCAUUAGCUGCAUCAUAUGAAAAGUCGGGAAGCUUUAAAGGAUUGGAAGAUGUAAAGGCUGACGAAAAUCACACCAAUGAGGGUUCUAAUCGUGACCACCGCAAAAUGAAUAUACACCAUAGUUGUAACUAUGACGGUGAAGAAAAUCAACCAGUCUCCAUGGUUGUGCACCCUCUGAUUGAGGCAUUUGGCCGCGCCCCAACUGGACCAGACGAGAGAUGGAAAUAUUUUCAAGAAGCGAAGAUUUGGUCAAAGCUCGAGGUCCGGCUGGAUAUUCCUGAGCCGGGAGAGCCUGGGAAAAAGAAAUCAACUCUUGUCUCGCAACGAGUCGACUCCUCAAAGUUAGAACCGCCGAAACAGCUAGGUGCAAGGUUACUGAAAGGCCUGGAGCCCACUACUUCGUUAGAGCUUGUUAAACCUUACAUAGAUGAAUUUUCGGACACACUGAGACCUUUGGUAGAUGGGUUACGCAAGGAAAUAAUGCAACUUGAGGACAAAUGCGACGAGAAGGAUGUGUCUAUUAGCUCCUGGCAGGCCAAAGCAGAGGAUAUACAAAAGGAAAGAGAUCAAUUGAGGAUUCAGAAGGAAGCUAUGUGA